AUGAUGUCAAUAUUAACUAUUGCAUUGUGUAUCACAUUCAUCACUUCUACAACAUUUGAUCUUUACUAAAUUUGUGAUUGCUCAUAACUAAUAUUUCAAUAUGAUUGCUUAAGUGCUAGUUUGGAAUGUAACUGGGAUUAUGAUAAUAAUGAAUGCUAUGAUAAACCUUGUUCAGAAAUUUAUUAUUAAAAUGCUUGCUUAAAAUAAUUAAAAAGGUGCUAUUGGGCAUAGAGUAGUUGCUUUAACUUUACUUCUUGUGGUCAAAUGCUAGAAUCAAAGUAUAAUUAUGAUUGUUAAGGUUAAAACUAUUAUUGUCCUUAGUAUUAUUAAUACUAUUGUUUAUCUAUAAAAGAUGUUUAAGUAUGUCCAUCUAUCACUGACCCUGAUAUUUGCAAUUAUUACUAGUCAUUGUAAGGAAUUUGUAUAUGGAAUGGUUAGAGUUGUACUUUAGCAUAAUCUUGUACUCAAUUCUUCAAUAAUGGCUCUAGUAAUUGUCCUUGGGAAUAUUGUUAGCAUUCAUGGGAUCCAUCAUAUUAACAAGAAUUUUGUUCUCCAAAUUAAUACAGUGAUUUAAAAACCUAAUCAUAAUGCGCUUAAGGAAUAUAAAUUUUGGGACCUUAUUUACAAAAUAUUAUUGGAUGUUAUUGGAAUCCUAUAGUAAAUCUUUGCUAAGAACGUGUACCAUCUUAAAUGAAUUAUGCAAACUGUUAUCUCUACAGUAGAGGAACCUACUAUUGGAACAGUAAAACUAAAGAAAAUGGUGAUUGUGUACCUUGCUCUUAAUUUCAAGAAUUGUUAAUAAUAUCUAUUUUUAUUACAAUUUUAAUUUGA